UGUCUGCGGUGUGGUACUGCCGACGGGGAGGCGUGGUCUAGGAAUCAGGACGGUACAUAUUCUAUUGUCCUGACAGACCGCUAGCAUUGAUCCAUGAGACGACAUCUGCUCAAAAUGGGGAAGAGUGUUUUCCUACUAUUAGUGGUAGUCGUGGUGGUUUCACAGGCUCAGUCGCAAAGUCUAUCAGCACGAUCGGGUCGUCUACAGGGGCAAAGUAGGCGACCGAAUGGCCCAAGGCUUCAACAGGGCAGUAUUGUAAGAGCCGCUUCUUCCGGUGCGCGGAAGCCAUCUGGUGCCGAAGUAAAUGUCAAACCAAAUAUCAAACCAAAUAUCAACCCAAAUGCCACACCAAGUGCCAAUCUAAGUACCAGACAAGGAGCUAAAGCACAGCCCCGUAGACCAAAGCUCACAGCAGGGAAAGCCCAACUUUCAGCUUCUGCCGGCUCCUUCGGAUUCACCAAGGAAAAAUGCAAGGGAAACUGCAACUUCCCGGCAGAGGUGUGUGUAAAGAAAGCUAAGUGUGGAGGACCAUCAUGUUUCUUUUGUGCAGAAACUAAAAGUCUUCCAAAGUUUAUUGAGAAGAAACCCAAACCGUCGCCCACUCCUCCUUCGACGAAUUUUGGGUUUGGCGGCAUGGACAUGAAUAACUUGGGAAUGUUAGGCAUGCAACAACAACAACAACAACAACAGCCGACGGAUUUCUUCUCGGAUAUUUUCGGAUUAGGUCCAAGCAAUGGAGGGGGAUUCGAUAUGUUCGGAACAGGACAGACACAAAUGGGAAACCAACAAGUUUCGUCAGGAUUUCCGAAUAGUCUUUUCUCCACAAAUCCGCUAACAUCCAUCCCGGUAGCUGGGUACCCGUCUUUUCACCAAAUGGAUUUUUUAAAUUCGUUCUCUGGAAACUCCCAAUCUUCAAGUGGACCAAGUAUUAACUCUCCUUCUUUAUUUGGCGGAUUGUUCGGGGGAGGAUCAGGAGGGAUGGGCGGCGGCGGUGGAAUGAAUCUUCUAUCCAUGAGCAUGUUUGGAAUGGAUCCUUUUCAGUUAUUUUAAAUAAGUAUUAAAACGUAUCAUUCGGAAGUCACUGUCCUAAAGGAAUAGGAACGUCCCUGGUGUACAUGAGAGACAUUAUUCUUGCCAGUUCCCACCGAUCCAUGUUACGUUCACCUUAGCAUGACAAGCACCAGUAGGAGAUCAUGAGAACACAGUGGAGAUUUUCUUAGAUGCGACAGUCAAACUUUGUAAAGCGACAGUCCAACACUAUUCGCGUAAUACAGUCUAGUUUGUUAUGCCAGCGAGAGGCCAUGUGGUAGAAAUCAACAGGCUCUCGGUUUAUAGCCAACAUUCGCAGUUAUUGUAGUUCAUUUGUCGAAUAUUUUUAUGAAAAAUAAAUCAUGUUUUACUGUU